AUGAAUACUCAAAAUAAUGUUACUCAAGUCAUUAGAAUUGAUGGAAUGGGAUCUGACCCAAAUGUUCUUCCAUCAGAAUUUGAAGUUCGUGUUUUAACAGAAGAAUACGUCCAACAGACAGCCCUUGCUCUUGCCAUGAUUUUUGCUCAAGAAGAACCUUUGGCUAUUGGCACUUCUACUACUCCAACAGCUUAUUUCCCGUACGCAGUUGGAUAUGUUAAGAGAUGUGCUCAAGGUGGCGUUUCACACAUUGCUGUUGAAAAGAAUUCAAACAUGGUUGUUGCAUUCCACUUGUGUAGUGAUGACAAUGAUUGGGAAGAACCACAUUCUUCAGAUGAAGGUAUUUUGCUUCAUUUGAAAUUGUUGGAUGAUUUACAUGAUCUCUAUCACAAUCAAUUGAAGCGAACCAACAAUACUCAUGAAUUGGAAAAGAAAACUUUAAAGAUUUGUUCUGUUGGAUCAUAUGGAUUUGCCAGACAAUCUGGACUUGUCAAGAAAAUGUUCACUGCAUCAAUGGAUUUGGCAAGAAAAUUAAACUAUGAACAAAUUAUGGUUGAAUGUACUGGAUUUGCCUCUCAAAGACUCUAUGCCAAAGUAGGAUUUGUGGAAGUUGCCAGACUUUACUAUGAUAACUAUGAAGUUGUCGAUUAUAUUCCAGGUGAAAACGGUGCCAAGAUUGAAAGAAUUAGAAAGCCUUUCAAAACAAUUCCAGCCACUUGUGGAGAUUGUUGUAAUCUCAUGAAAAUGGUUUUAUAA